GCAGAGGCAGCUGGGGCUCCACACUAGGUCCUCAGGUGCUGCUAUCCAUCAAGCCUUUUCAUGCACUGAGAACCACCUCUGUUGCCCCUUCCUUCUGUCUCCAACCACUUCCAAACCAUCCCACCUCCUGUCCAACUGAAUACAUCUCAACUGUACGCCACCAUGUCCCUCAACGGUUCAUUUCCUAACAACAAUAAUCACACACAUAUGGAUAUCCAGCUGGCCUCCUCUUGCAGGAUGAUGGACAAAACUCAUCCACAGAGCAACAAUCACAGAAAAGACAAUGCAGUCAAAGCUGAAGCCAGUUCAGGUCAUUCAAACCCCAUCAAAACUCUCAGGACUCACAAUGAGCUUCACAAAGAACUGUUACUGGCCCACAAGAGGGGUCUGGCACUGAGCAGCAGAUCAGAACUUCAGCAGGUGCUGGAGAGAAGGAAGAGGGUGCAGAGUGACCAGGAAGAGGAGGGACAGAGCAGGACUCCUCUGGAGGAUGUGCUCCUGAGACGUCAGCAGAAACAACUUGAGAGGGAGAAGGAACAGGAGGAGAGGGUACGAGAGGAAGCCCAGUUGAUGGAGUUUGUUAGAGUCCGACAGAACCUCAGAAAGAUCCACUCAGUCAUCCAGAACAAGGCUGCAAAUUUCUGAAAUACUAUAGAAGAAUGCACCCAAAAUGUGUAAUGAACUCUGGUCUAAUAUGUCUUCAUUCAAAAUCUGCUGUUUAUUUAAUAGUUGAUAUUAAAUCCAUGCAAUAGAUUUACUACAGAUUAGAUAGACAGAUACACAUAUACUUAUGGAAACAGUGUGCUUUUAUAGCUAUGCAAAGAAGUGGCAUUAGUCCUAAGUAUUUUUGCUUGAUGUAGUAGCUGUUACUUAUCGGUAGUAUGUUGUGAAAAGCAGUAUGAUCUCUUUUAACUUGUUAACAUCAUUAUUGUGAAAGUAUGUCAAACAUUUGUUCAUAAUUUAUUAUUUAUUUUCUAUUCAAAUGCCAGAGUGAGACAGAAAAAAUCUGCUGAUACCUUGAGAUAAUACUUUGAAACUAUACUUUAGGUUACAUGCUAUACCCAAAAUAUUACGGGUAGCUUUUCAAAACCACCAGAAAAUAUGGCAGGGAGAAGAAUAAAUAUGAUUUCAUAAAAAUUAACAGGAGACACAAGACAGAGGGCUCUUUCACUGCACUGCACAGACACAAAUGCAAGCUAAAUCUCAAGUCGCAAGCACAAAUGGGCAUCAGCAGCAAAUUUAGCACUUUUGGUGACCACAGGUGCCGGUACAAACCAGGCACAGCUGGGCACAACAGAGAAGAGAGGCCGAAUACAUUAUUAGUUGAAGGAAUACAGAAUCAGCAGGUGGAGUGAGGACAUUUUCAGUAAUAACCAAUCAGGAGCACUCCUCUCACACCUUUAAAAGCAGCAAUAGUGAAAACAGAGGGAGAGAGAGAAAAAACUUGUUGACUUGAACUUAUAUAUCCAGAACAUAACGUCACAGUGAGGUUGGCUUUUAACUUCUGGAUAUAAAAUGUUAUUACUUUCCAUUUCAUCCCAUUAGACAUGGUGUGAAAUUUUAUAAUAAUUAGAGCAUAAAUUCUUGAACUGUGGCCAUGACAUGUUCUGCCGUGUCACAGUGACCUUGACCUUUGACCUUUGACCACUAAUUCUAAUUACUUCAUCCUUGAGUCCAAGGGAACAUUUGUGCCAAAUUUGAAAUUCCCUCCGGGUGUUCUGGAGAUAUUGCGUUCAUGAGAAUAGGACGGACGAGCAAACUGUAAACAUAGCACCUCCAGCCAUGGCUGACACCAACACAAAGGCAUAACAGCAAAAUCAUAGCUUUUUGGUAUGUCACGUCAGCUCUAUGUUCACAGAAGCAAAAACAAAACUGUCAAAUAAAGAACCCCAGCCUCACUGAGAAACAUGGAGGAGCCUCAGUCAUAUUAUGGGGUUGAAUCUGUGGAGGGCAAAAUGAAAUCAGAGGGUUAUCAAGGCAGUCUGGAGUGAAACAUACUGCCCAGCAUCACAGAGCUCUGUCUCAGCUGCAGGUCAUCCAGCAGGAUAAUGACCCAAAACAUCCAUCUAAAAGCAGCUAUGAAUGGAUGGGAAGAAAACAUUGGACUGUUCUGAAGUGGCCUGCCAUCAGUCCUGAUCUUAAUCCAACUGAAACUCGCAGCUGGGAGAAGGCACCCAUCCGAUCAAUAGUCAUUGUCUGUUUCAGAGAAAAUUGUGGGUUUUUUGUUUUCAUUUUUUUUUAAGUAGAAGGGCACCAAGGUCUGUAAAGUAUAUUUUUAAUUAUGUUGUGAAGUAACUAUAAGGUAUUUAUCAUAAUGCAGUCAUGUUGUAUUGAAAGUCUUGUGAAAUAGAUUUAAUA